CUCCAUGUCUAGAUCUUCGGAGGCGUACCUGGAGACCAGACGCUUGACUUGUAAAAUUACAACACAAACAUGAUGUCCGUCGUUUCUUCCAGUGCUAGGAGAUUGUUGGCUGCCUCGAGCUCCCUCGUCCCUGGAAAGUCAGUCACAACGAAAACUGCCAAGUGUCAUUGCCGUCGCUCACUGUGUACAGUAGGAGGCGACCACCAGCUAGCCAACCAGCAGGCUAGGGAGGAUCUUGCCGCUUGCUACCGCGGUCUGGACUACUAUGGGAUGGGAGAAGGGGUAUGCAACCAUCUGACGUUGAGGGGGCCAGCUCGCAAUGGCAAGGGAGAGGUCAUGCUGCUCAUCCCCUAUGGCAAACACUGGAGUCAGGUGACGGCGAGUUGCCUGGUAGGAGUGGACAUUCACAGCAAGAAGGUGGUUGAAGGGGAGGGAAUAGCGGAAGACAGUGCGGUCUGGAUACACACCGCUAUCCACCGUGCCAUGGAGAAGACUAUAGACUGUGUCAUGCAUGCUCAUCCACCGUACGCGACAGCACUAAGUUGCCUGAAAAACCCACGGCUCAAAAUGGUUCACCAAAGCUCCAUGAGGUUUUAUGGCAAGAUUGGAUAUGACGAGGACUAUGCUGGCACAGGAGACAUGGGAGAUGAGAGCGAGAGAUUGGCACAGAACAUGGCCGGCAAGGAAGUCAUGGUCAUGGGCAACCAUGGCCUCGUCGCGGCUGGCAAAUCAGCAGCUGUCGUCUUCGAUAACCUCUACUAUUUUGAGAGGGCUGCCAUGUUCCAGAUGAUAGCUGAGGCAACGGGCAGGGAACUGGCCGAAGCCAGUGACAAAGUCUCCCAAGACGUCUCCGAUUACUACACCAAGAAUGGGGACAUCUUCAGAAUUAACCACUUCAAAGGGCUCAAGGAAUUGCUGCAAGGCAAAGGACCCGAUUUCCGGUCUUAGGCUGCACGGAUCUCUGGUGUGUAGGGAUACAUGAAGGCGGUUUUGAAACCUUGGCUUUCAGCUUCAGCUGGGGCUUCAUCCCUAGCUUCGUAAUUAUUUCGAGGCCAGUAAUUUCCUAAAUCAAAUGGAAGCAUCCAGAUUUUGGCCCAAUAUUAC